CCGGAAAAAGAUCCCCGUCCCACCCACCGGAAGGAGGCUCACGCCCCGCCCCGCCUACCGGAAGGAGUCCCCCGCCCCGCCCAGCUUAGCCAUGGCGGACCGGCUCACGCAGCUGCAGGAUGCGGUGAACUCGCUCGCUGACCAGUUCUGUAACGCCAUCGGUGUGCUGCAGCAGUGUGGCCCCCCAGCUUCCUUCAGCAACAUUCAGACAGCAAUCAACAAAGACCAGCCGGCGAAUCCCACGGAAGAAUAUGCCCAACUGUUUGCAGCAUUGAUUGCACGAACUGCAAAAGAUAUUGAUGUUCUAAUAGAUUCCCUGCCCAGUGAAGAAUCAACAGCAGCUUUGCAGGCUGCCAGUCUGUACCGGUUGGAAGAAGAGAAUCACGAAGCAGCUGCCCGUCUGGAAGAGGUGGUUUAUCGUGGGGAUAUGCUCCUGGAAAAGAUACAGAGCGCCCUGGCUGAUAUUGCCCAGUCGCAACUGAAGACCAGAAGUGGCACACACAGCCAGCCCCUUCCGGACUCGUAGCACCAGGGGGCAGCACACCGUUGCAAAACUGAACUGCGGCAAGUGAUCUGGUGUAAAACCCAGCCCUGUGCCUACCGGGAGCUGCAGCGGCCAGCCCUGCUCUCCUGGGGCUUCCAGGUGCCCUGAUUAUCGGUAACAGUAGCUUUAAUCAAAGCUCAAAUUACAGAAACACAUUGUAGAAUCAGUGGUUUUUUUUCUCAAAUUAUACAUCUUAAUAUAUAAUUCUUUGACUUAAAAUAUUAAUUUCUUAGGUUUUUUUUUUCCACAUAUAUGUCUGACUUCAGUCUUAUCUUUUUUUGUACGGGCCUUCAUGUCUAAAGGAAACAAAAGAACCUUAAGAAUAUGUAAUUUACUAACCUGCCUUCAGUCUUGUAUGUUCGUGGUGUACUUUUUUUGUUGUUUUUUAAACUCAAACACGGACACACUGUUUAAUUUGCCAGAGUUCCAUGGAGACAAUGAUGUGAAUACAGUGGCCAUCUGUUCUAAUUAACGGAAAUGGUAAUUAAACAUUUGUAUUACUACUUAGCUUAUCUUUUACAGAGCAGGUAAAGGGGUAAGUAAACUUAGAAGUUUGCAGAGUAAGUGUUUUUGCUAUUGGCAUCUCAUUUAAAAAUAAAUAAAUCUUCAAAUA